AUGCGCUUGAAAGCUACAGAAGAAAGCUGGUUUCCACUAGGGGAUCUUGAAGCCAGAAGAGGGGUAGUCUUUCCAAACGAGGACCUCCUGAUGCCCUCCUGCCAGUACCCCUCAAAGCGUGGCCAGCGCUCCCAGUCAGUUGUGCCUUUUCCGAGGCCUGGCCCUACAUUGUACUGCUGCUCUUCCGUGACUCCUUGGGAAUCACUGCACUGGCGACCCCAGCAGGACGGGAGGAAGCUGUGGUGCCCGGAGACGUCGACGUUGUUGUCGUCACGGUCGUCCUCGGCUUCACGGAGAGAGGAGAGGAGAGUAAUCCACAUGGCCAGUCCCAGCCUGGCCAACAGCACCACAGCUGCGAAGAGGACCUUUAGCAACAACAGAGCCACAGCUCAGCCUCCACACAUCACCUACAUUGUCGGCCCACAGCAAGUCGCGUACAGCUAUUCUUUAUUUGGAGUGAAGAAAGUCACCCACAACAAGGAGUUUAAGGACCGGAUUCCAGAUGCCAUGCGUCAGCACUACUUGGGCCUGUUCACCGAGGAAUGCCUCAAGUUCUCCUCUUCGCGCCCGGAGGCCAUUGAGAAGGCGCAGUCAGAGGAGAAGGAGGUCUAUGACCAAAGUCCCAGCAAGAACAAGUAUCUGAAUGUCGCCCUGCACACCCUGAAGAAACUCAGGGGCCUGGUUCCCAGCGCCGUGCCCGGUCUCAACAAGGCCACCCUGUACAGCCGCCUGCGGAGCUAUCUGCUCACAGAGGAGCAGCGCAAAGAGCAUGGCUUCCCGUUCGCUCAUCCGGAGAAGCCUGGGUCCGCAAUGCUUUUCACGCGAGAGCAGCCUCGGAGCCCAACACACAGGACCUGCUGCCGCUGUGGCACUGAAUAUACUGUGUCGUCCUCAGGUUGCUGCCUCUGCUCGGAUCCCUGCGUGUUCCACUGGGGGCGCAUUGUCUCCAUCCGGGUGCCCGGAGGCUCUCAGGUGCGGUACUCGUGCUGCUACGCGCCCACCGGAGCUACAGGCUGCACGGUGGCCAAGCAACACGUGCAGGACGGCAGGAAGGACAAUUUACAGGGCUUUGCCAAGACCUUUCCGAAGAAGGACUGGGAGGCACACGCUGGAAUCUACGCCCUGGACUGUGAGAUGUCCUACACCACACACGGCCUGGAGCUCACCCGCGUCACAGUGGUGGACACAGACUUACGUGUGAUUUACGACACCUUCGUCAAGCCGGACAAUGAGAUUGUGGAUUACAACACCGUCUUUUCCGGAGUGACUGAAGCAGAUCUGGCAAACACCAACGUUAGGCUGCGUGAUGUCCAGGCCAUGCUCCUGAGUCUGUUCAGCGCUGAAACCAUCCUCGUUGGACACAGCCUGGAGAGUGACCUUCUGGCUUUGAAAUUCAUCCACAGCACUGUGGUAGACACAUCUGUGCUCUUUCCGCACCACCGAGGUCUUCCCUACAAGCGUUCCUUGCGAGGCCUCAUCUCCCAUUACCUUAACAGGAUGAUCCAGACCAACAGGGGUGGACAUAGCUCCAUCGAAGAUGCCAGUGCCUGUAUGCAACUUGUGACCUGGAAGAUUCAAGAAGACGCCAAGACCUCCAGCCCUCCUCAGCAAGAGACCACUUGCCCAAAGUGCAACCUUCAGCAAAAGCUGCGGGUUUACACCAGUCGAUACACCCAGACACCCACGACGAUGCAGAUCCCUGAGGCUACAAACAAGCUGCACUGGGAGGAACGAGGCUCAGACCCACCUUAUACUCUCCAGCCAGAGACUUGAGGACUUCUUGUGAGUUGAUUAUAGGAUGUGGGGGUGAGGAAUUGCCACCAUAGAGUUAAGCUUUUAGUCCAAGCCUGAAGCCUUGCAGAGUUACAUGCUGCUACCUUGUGGGGCAAGGCUGGGUACUGUUUGCUGUGUUGUGGGUGUGAAAACAGAAUGAGUUUAGUUAAGUCACAUUACAAAAGGGGUGAGGAAGAAAUAUUGCUGCUGGUUCCAGAACUCUGACACAGAGCUGACCAAGGAAAACAGCAUGUCUGAUUUAGGGGUGAGACCGUUUUGAUUCAGCAAGAGUUGACGGAA